AUGUCGGGCGCAGCACCUACCGACACCAUUUCUCCACCCGAUGAGGAACUUAUAAUCACGACAAAAGAGCUGCGCGCAGCUCACCCAGACAAAAGCAUCCUCAAACUCCUCGCCCAGCUCAAACUUGAUCGUCCCGAAUGGUCCGUCUCGGAAAAGCGAUUCAGAAAGGCCCAUUCUGCCACCUCAGACGGCGAGGGAAGCACUCCGGGUGCAUCUCAAAGCGCUGGGACGGGAGGCAAGGGGGAGAAGCCACUGAUUGCUGAUACGGGUUUGGACCCUUCAGUCGAUGUGGCUAGCUUGGCGCCCAAAGUGGAGGUGAAAAUGUUCAAGGGUGGGAAGGGAAAGGGUUUGGUGGCCAAGGAUGGACUGGAGAUGGGAGAGAUGCUUUGGCAGGAGGAGCCUUGGAUUGUGACUUCUGACCCAGGUCACUAUCCACUCCUGACGCAAUCUAUGAUGUGCACACAGUGCUUCUCCAUCUUUGAUCGUCCAAACCCAGCCUUAUCCGUCCCAUGUUCGCGAUGCCCCACAGCACACUUCUGUACCAGGCUCUGCUACUCUAAAGCCCAACUCGCUUCGCACCCUCAACUUCUGUGCCCCGGCGAGAAUCCCGCGGCCGAAAAGUUGAUGAAGUUUGUCAGACAAAAAGGGGAAAGAGGCAUGGAAGGUGUCGUCAAGAUCGUGGCCAGGUGGAGGACUGAGAGAGAAUGGAGUAAAGGAAGCGAGGCCGAAGAUAUGGAGAAGAGGGUUUGGAAGGGUAUGGCGCGAAUCAGCCAGAAGAGGAAGGAGGCAGAGAGGCGGGAGUGGGAGUAUGUGGCGGAGAAUCGAAUGAAGGAGUGGCGCGAGUUCCAUGCGUUGCUUAUCGGUGCUCUGAACCCUCCCCAAGGCCACUACAACCAUAGGAACUUUCAGAAGCUCGUCAAGACGCGCCGGAAUAACCCAAAGCCCUUGACAGAGAAGGAGGAACAAAAGUGGUUCUCUUUCGGAAGCUUUUUGGAGCUGCUGGGUCUUGUUGGGUUGAAUCAGGAAGACUCAGGUGGUCUGUAUGCUCUGCAUGCGCACUUGAACCAUUCUUGUACACCAAACAUUCAGGUUCGUAAUCUGCCAAAGUCUUAUGCGCCGCCAUCGCCAUCAUCUCUCCCCUGUGAUCUUCCACCGCCACUUCAGAAAGGUGAUAGCUUCUCCAACAAGCUCACCAUCCUCGCCCGUCAAAAGAUAGAACAGGGCGAAGAGUUGACCGUGUCGUAUGUCAACGUGAAGAUGCCGAGGGAUGAAAGACGGAAGAUCCUGCGAGAGGGUUACGGUUUCUGGUGUAGCUGUGACAGAUGUGAGAAGGAGAAGGAGGGAGGUGUCACGCAGGAAUAA